AUGUUGACAAAGGGGUCCCCGACAGUUAAUGAACUCGAAGAAGCUUUGAAAUUGAUAGUACGAUGCGUGCAAGGGGAAGCGUUCCUGCCGGAAUUACGUGCGAUAAGGGAAGGUGAAACGCAUCGCUUCCGAUGUCUUCAUCCGUUUAUUGAUCCAGUCGAUGGAAUUCUGCGAGUUGGUGGCCGUGUGAAGAAGGCGUUCAUCCCAUACGACAGUCGCCAUCAAAUGCUACUACCAGCAAAACACCCAUUCACCGAGUUGUUGAUACGUCACGAGCACCAGAACAACUUACACGCAGGACAAAGGGCUUUAUUUGCAAUCGUACGCCGACGAUUCUGGCCACUGCAGGCUAAGAACGUAAUACGAAAGGUAAUUAGACAGUGUAUCACUUGCUUUCGAGCGAAUCCGAUAAAAACAACGCAGUUGAUGGGAAAUCUGCCGUCUUACCGAGUGCAACCAUCUCCCGCUUUCUUUCACACCGGCGUUGAUUAUGCGGGACCGUUUUUCAUUAGAGCACUUACACAAGCACGUAAACCGAUGAUUACGAAGGGAUAUGUAUGCCUGUUCGUGUGUCUCAGUACACGCGCCAUUCACCUAGAGCUUGUAUCGAGUCUAACCACCGACGCUUUUCUUGCAACGUUGAGGCGCUUCACUGGACGACGAGGACCGGUGAGCAAAAUCUACUCAGACAAUGCGACAAACUUCAUCGGAGCAGAAGCUGAGUUGGAACAGUUAGGAAAACUGUUUGCUACUGAUGAACACGCUAAGCAACUGACAGAGUUUUGUGGAAGUCAAUCGAUUAGCUGGAGUUUCAUUCCUCCGAGAAGUCCACACUUCGGUGGAAUUUGGGAGUCGGGGGUCAAAUCUGUCAAAUACCAUCUAAAAAGAGUCGUCGGCAGCAAUAAACUAACUUUCGAGGAAUUUAGUACUGUGCUAGUUCAGAUCGAAGCAGUGCUCAACUCGAGACCGUUGACGCCCUGUUCCGAUGAUCCAAACGAUUUAACCGCUGUUACUCCUGCACAUUUCCUUGUUGGACGACAAAUGCAAUCGAUUCCUGAGCCUUCGUACAUCAAUCUGAAACUUUCGACGCUGUCACGUUGGCAGUUAGUGCAAGUCAUCCAACAGCACUUUUGGAAAAGGUGGCUUGCAGAGUAUUUACCGGAGAUGCAGAAUCGCCAGAAGUGGUACAAAAUCACCAAAAUUAGGCCAGGAGCUUUGGUGCUUAUCAAUAAUCCUAACGUUCCACCGAUGCAGUGGCCCCUCGGUAGAAUUAUAAGGACACACCCCGGAGACGAUAACAUUGUUCGCGUCGUUACUAUACGCACCGCCAAUGGUGAAUGCAAACGAGGCGUUACGGAGAUAUCACUACUACCGUUGGACAGAGAGGAUAUAUUAGAGGAUUGA